AUGGAAGAAUCAUUGCCCGAGGUUAAUACACUGACAUCUUUGGGCCAAGUAGAGGCCCAUCUCAGACGGUUGGUUAACGAGAUAUCGGAGGCGGACUUGGAGGAGGCUAAUGAAUAUUUGCUGGGUCAAACCACUAAAUCAAAUAAGAAUCAAAAGAGCCUGGCAUCCCUGCUGCGCCAAGAGAGGCGAAACAACCAUCAAUCCUGCUGGUUUCAUACCAAAUCUCCUGCAUUGGAAGGAAAUGAAGCAAGUAAGGAUCAGCUAGAAGAGGUGGACAAGGUUAAUAAGUUGGCUCUAGACACGUACCUACUGAUCAAAAACUCAAUGUCAGACAUGGGCACCAAUUUUGACUUAGCCACUCUCGCAUGGGUCAGCUUGAAAUGCCUACUUAAGGAAGUGGAUAAUCUUAUGGAAGUAGCAGCAGGGGAUAUAUUUAGCAAGCGCAAGAAGAAGAGGGGUAAGAAGCGGAAAAACGUGGAUCUAGACAGUGAUGACUCGGCUAAUAACUACAACUCCGGCAUCAUAACGAGUUUUCCCAUUAGUACGAUCCAAAUUGAAGCUCUGUGCAAUUUGAUAGCUGUCACUUUUGAUCAUAUGUCCCCAGAAAGUCUAGCACACAAGUUAUUACUGUCUCUGGUAAAUAAGUUAUUGAAUUCAAUCAAUAGGGUAGAUCAUCCGUUUGUAACCAAGAUAUUAGACACAUUAAAGUCUCUACACCGUUGCAAAGUUAAUGAUGAUGUUUCACCGCUUUUAUUCAACCUGUUUAAAAUGUUGUUAACGAUAUCUUCUCAUAACUCAGAUAUCGCACUGGACGCUACAUUGUGUUUAAAAGAGUUAGUAAAAGGCGCAAUUAGCAGGGAAGAUAAUAAGUUUGUUGACCUAUUCUAUUUGGCCCUGUCUAAAUUCUUUGAUCGGGCAUCAGAGGCCAUUGAUAAUGGUGACAAAAUGAUGCCAUUCAAACAUUUUUUAAUAAAUCUAAAGUCAUUUUCACUAGCCAAUCCAUUCUUUAUGCCGCACUAUUUACGGAUUAUCUUGCAAAUAUCGCAUCUUCUAUUAAAUAAUCCACCCAUAUUCAUCAUUAGAGAGUGCAUUUCCACGCUAAUUACCAUGGUCGCAAAUUUGAAGCAAACCGAUCGUCCCGGGGAUUUACAAAUAAGUUAUUAUGUGAAAUCCAACAUAUAUCCAAUCCUACUAACAAUCACAACUUCCACACUUAAAUUGGGGGGGAAGGGGUUAAAACUCACUAGUGAAGAUAUAUCUAACAUCUAUCACCUCAUGUCCCUUAUAUUAGAGUAUCUAAAGUUAUAUUCGUAUAAAUGGGCACAGUAUAUCAUUGAUGAGGAUAAGGAUACAUAUAUUUUUGACAAGGCGGUAACCCGCAUACCAAUAAACACGGAUUGUAAACAGGCGCUGGUUCUAACUUACAUUGACACUUGCAAUAUACUAUCCAGACUCAUUGACGGUAAAACAUCACAGAUUGAUCUAUCCGUACACUUAUCUGGUAUAAGUAAUUCAAUGCCCGAUGAAUUACUUGACAAUCACAGUUGUGUGAGUGAAUACUUAAAGUUUGCAAUUAGCUUGAAAAACUGGGUAAACAUAUCCCAGUCUGACAUGAUAUACCACAAUCUUACUACCUCACUAUUAAGCCUAUCCAAUAAAUUACCAGCCAAUUAUUUUGUCUCACAUAAAAGUGAAAUACUUGAUGCAACAAUUCCACUUUUGGUUGAACGGUAUAAGAAAACGCCAUCAGCAGCGUUGGAAGAGUUAUUUUGUGACUUGGCCAGAUCAUAUGGUCUGACACAACUAUUGUCAAUAACCAGCAACACUCAACACACGUUGGAUGCAAAUGAAGUAACAGUGCACUUUAUGUACCCAAUUUUUGAGAAGGGGCUAAGGGGAAUGCCUUUGAUGUAUUAUGUGGAAAAUGUGAUACCGAUAAUUUAUUGCCUACAUGAAAAGCUGGAUCCGCUACAGCGGACCCAGGAAAAUUUAUUAAGGCCAGCGGAACUGAAUCGUAAAAAAAGUAUCUCUUCGGCAUUGGAACAACUUUACCGUCUGGGCCCUGCCUUUUGUCGAGACCCUCCUGAUAUUAUAACUGCCUUGCAAUUUGAUGACCAGCGGUUUCCCAAGUUCCUGAUUAAUUCAUUGCGUCAGGAUGGAGCCAAUACUGAAAUAAUCAUUAUAACAUGCCGCUCCAUCGUCAAUCUAUCUAAAUCCAUUUCCAAUAAUAUGGAUAGUGGUGGCACCAACGUUAAUGAAAUUGUACAGCCUUUUGCUCCUUUACUUGGGCAAACAGUGCGGUUAUUCGUGAGCAAAUACAAAAUGGAUAAAAAUUCUCGCCUUCCAACGCAACAGCACCUCAAGGAUUGUAUGAAGGCCUGCGCCAAAUUCGUCUCUCCCCUCACUCUCAAAAGCAACCUAAUUAGCUUCGAAACUGAGUGGACUAAACUAGUUUUAUGCGAUGAUACUAUUAAAACACGUCAUAGGGGGGGUACUGAUAGUAAGAAUAUCGGCAAUAUGAAUUCACUUGUCGGAUUGGCACUAGUGGAAGUUGCUAGGGUCCACUUUACCUUUGUGGAUUCAUUUGUGCAAAUAAAGCUUUACGAAUCAUUUACCAACCUGUUAAAGUUAGGGGUUUCUCAAGGCGUUAAGGCGGUUACUGAUGUCAUAGAAUUUGCCAAGAUCAAGCUCACUAGUGCUGGGGGAACUGGUAGAUUAGGCCCGUUUGCUGCUAUUUUCUUUUCCCCUAACAAUUUGGAGCUGCUGGUGAAUAACAUCACGAGCAUUCCCAUUCAUCGUUUUUCAAAGGUCCACUAUAAAUAUCUGAAUUCUCUGAGCUCGCUAUUGUACCAUUGUUUAAACUCUUCACAAACUGCAAGAGUGGUCCAACCGGUAAUUCAAAAGUAUUUGGAGAAUCUGCUAAAAAUCGUUAUAUCAAGCGUCAAAGAAUCGCACAGCGUAUCGAAACGUGCAAUCUUAGACGCGUUUAAUUACUUGGCAAAAUGCACUGAUGCUGAGAACACUUUUACUAUGUUAUUAGAAAGGAUUAAAACUGCUAAAACUAAUAACUCCAUAACAGUAUGUUGCUCUAUUUGUAUGUUGCACCUAGUGACCAUGCUUACUGAUAAGGGUUCAACUCUUAGUAGUCUUGGCAUGAAUUCUCAGCAUAAACAAGACUCUUUGCCACAAAUAUUGGUCCAGGUUGUUAAAGACUUGGAACCAUUACUGAACACGUGUACCGUUUCAUAUGUUUACAUAAUAAAAAUUUUCAAGAAUAUAAUUAAAUCGGAUGUUCUAAGUCCAUUUAAUGUAACUAAUAUCGUUUUGCCUUCAGUUAUGAAACUUCUGAGCAAUGAAGAAUUGGUCAGUAGGCACAGGGUACAUGUAAGGAGAUUGCUCGCUAAAAUGGCAAUGAGGAUUGAUCAAUCCGCUUUAUGGAAGGAAAUACCCAAAUUUGCUGCGGGUUUACUAUCAUCAGCUAUCAAAUCUAUCUCUAAAUCUAAUAUCAUUUCCGCUUCAUCUGCAGCUGAUAGUAGUGACCAGGAAUCUCAAUUGGAGAAUGAUGAGUCAGUAUUUACGUUGCAUCAUUUGGACGUGCUCCUGAAUGGUCCAAACUCAAUAUACAACAUUAAGAGUGUCAAUUUUGGCGGAAAGGUGCCCAAGGAUUUUAAAGAUGCCAAACAUAUGAAAUCCAGUAAGAUCGCUGUCAAGGGUGUCAAGGUCAGAGUCAAAAAGGCCGAGGAAAGGAAGAAGGGCUUGAAGAAGGUGAAGAUCAAAAAACAACUUACCAAGCAACCCUUCAAGUACAUUAAGUUGACCCCAAAAAUGAUUCACGAGAAGAACAAGAACGAGACGCUAAAAAAACUAUCGCUAAAAAGGUAA